UUAUAAUGCUCGGAUUAACCGUUACUUUCCCAAAAAAUCUCUUUAUAAGCAAACCUCCCAUUUCAUAGUUUAACCCAAAAACGGAAACCGUUACUCAUACAAACAAACAACAGCCAUUUUCCUUCUCUAUGGAAACGCACUCGGAUUGCUUCUGGGUUUUGUUUCUUGCUUCCAAAUGCAAAACUUUCUCCUCCCUAAACUCUAUUUUGCUUCUCCUUUUUCUUUGCAUGGCUUGGCUGGCCAUUUCCCUCUGCUUCUGGUCGUACCCUGGAGGCCCUGCCUGGGGUAACUAUUAUUGGCUGCGCAAGAGAGCAGCCACAAAACCCAAUAACAUCAUCCCAGGGCCACGAGGAUUCCCGGUUAUUGGAAGCAUGAACCUCAUGGUUAACCUCGCGCACCGCAAGCUUUCCGCUGCAGCCCAGUCUUUUGGUGCUAUGCGGCUUAUGGCCUUUAGCUUGGGUGGUACACGAGUUAUCAUUACAUGCAACCCAGAUGUAGCCAAAGAGAUACUUAACAGUUCUGUUUUUGCUGAUCGUCCAGUGAAAGAAUCAGCGUAUAGUUUAAUGUUUCACCGAGCGAUUGGUUUCGCUCCUUAUGGGGUUUAUUGGCGAACCCUAAGAAGAAUUGCUGCAACGCAUCUCUUUUGUCCUAAACAAAUUAGUUCCACCGAGGCACAGAGGUUCGAUAUCGCCUCCCAAAUGGUGUCUAUAAUAGCACGUCGGAGUGGAGAGUUCUCUUUACGCGAUAUACUCAAGAAAGCUUCCCUUAACAACAUGAUGUGCUCAGUGUUUGGCAGUAAAUAUCUACUGGGUUCAUCAAAUAGAGAAACUAAAGAACUGGGCCAGCUCGUUGAAGAAGGUUACGACCUACUAGGUAAGCUCAAUUGGUCUGAUCAUCUUCCAUGGCUUGCUGGAUUAGACCUUCAAAAAAUCCGGCUUCGAUGCUCAAAACUUGUUCCCAAAGUGAACAAGUUUGUGAAUAGAAUCAUCCAAGAUCAUAAAAUCCAAACAGGGAGAAGAAACCAUGAUUUUGUGGACGUUUUGCUUUCUCUCAAUGGCCCUGAUAGACUCUCGGACAACGAUAUGAUUGCCGUUCUUUGGGAGAUGAUAUUUAGAGGAACCGAUACCGUGGCGGUUUUAAUAGAGUGGAUACUAGCGAGAAUGGUGCUUCACCCUGAAAUCCAAUUACGAGUGCAGACCGAGCUUGAUCAAGUUAUUGGGAAAUCACGGCCGUUGAUAGAAUCUGACAUUCUGUCGAUGGUUUACCUGCCAGCUGUGGUGAAGGAGGUUCUCAGGCUGCACCCACCUGGCCCACUUCUAUCAUGGGCCCGUUUGGCAAUCACAGACACUACAAUUGAUGGAUAUCACGUGCCUGCUGGAACCACAGCCAUGGUUAACAUGUGGGCCAUCACCAGGGACCCAGAUGUUUGGAUGGACCCACUUAAGUUCAUGCCACAGAGAUUCGUGUCUAAGGACAGUGCUGAUGUGGAGUUCUCUGUGUUGGGGUCUGACCUCAGGCUGGCGCCUUUCGGGUCUGGCCGUAGAGCUUGCCCUGGAAAGACUUUGGGUUUAGCCACUGUUAGCUUUUGGGUAGGCUUCUUGUUGCAUGAGUUCGAGUGGGUGCAAUCUGAUUAUAAUCCAGUUGAUCUCAGCGAAAAGCUUAGGCUCUCCUGUGAAAUGGCUAACCCUCUUAAGGUCAAAGUGCACCCUAGGCGAAGAUAAAAAGGACCAAAAUAAUCAGUGAGAACUUUGAAAUGAUAAUCGCAAAAUCUGUAAUUUGUUCAGUCUCAACAAAAGCGAUUAUCCUCACUCAGCAGCCGGUUAGAUAUGCUGGACUUAAACAAUGUAAAUAUAGCAGGUGUUGGUCUCUAUAAAUCUCAAUGCCCCCGUGUCUUGAUCUUGACCUACGAUAUUGCUAUUAUAUAUAUGGAUAUGCCUGUUCCAGCAAUAAGCUAGAGUUAGCAAUGUGUAAAUUAUACCAGUUUAACUUGGUUUUGAUCUUUUGGGUUU